UUCGAACUAGCUUGAUGACUGUGCCCUGCUUCCAUCUAUAGUGAAAACACACAGCUUGAGAUCAGGACUAAUGGAGACAACAGAAGUUUGUGAGAUUGAUGUGGCGACCAGAAGAAUAGUGGGAGGCAGUGAUUCUCCGCCAGAGCUGGACAGCCCGUGUCAGGAGGAGGGGAGUGCGUUUGAUUUGGGGCUGUGCUGUGCUGAGGAGGAGAGGGGAGAAACUCCAGGCAGAGAGGACAGUCCCAGUGAUCUGGGGGAGGUAGAGCUUGAUCCUGGAGGAGACCACAAGACUGGAGAGGACAAGGCUUUUGGGAAGGAGGUCGUUCUGUUGAUGCAGGCCCUGAACUCCCUCGCCACUCCUGAGGAGAAACUCGCUGCUUUGUGCAAGAAGUAUGCCGACCUGCUUGAGGAGAGCCGCUGCAUGCAGAAGCGGUUGAAGGCCUUGCAGAAGAAGCAGUCUCAGAUUGUGAAGGAGAAGAUCCACCUGCAGGGGGAGCACAGUAAAGCCAUCCUAGCCCGCAGCAAGCUGGAGAGCCUCUGUAGGGAGCUGCAGAGGCACAACAAGACGCUGAAGGAGGAGAACGCGCAGCGGUCCAGGGAGUACGAGGAACAGCGGAAGGAGGCCAUGCUGCACUUCCAGAUGACCUUAAGUGAUAUUGAGGUGCAGAUGGAGCAGCACAGCUCCCACAACACCAAGCUGAGGCAGGAGAAUAUGGAGCUGGCUGAGAAGCUCAAGAAGCUCAUAGAGCAGUAUGAGCUCAGAGAGGAGCACAUAGACAAGGUGUUCAAGCACAAGGAGCUGCAGCAGCAGCUGAUGGACGCCAAGCUGCAGAGAAUCACAGAGAUGAUGAAAGAAGUGGAGGACAAGCAGCAGAGAGAGCGCGACUUUCUGCUGAAGGACGCCACAGAGUCCAGACGCAAGUGUGAGCUGAUGAAGGAGCAGGAGAAUCAGCUCAAACAGCAGCUCUCCCUGUACAUGGACAAGUUUGAGGAGUUCCAGAGCACUCUGGCUAAAAGCAACGAGGUCUUCACCACUUUCAGACAGGAGAUGGAAAAGAUGACCAAGAAGAUCAAGAAGCUGGAGAAGGAAACGACUCAGUGGAAGACCAAGUGGGAGAGUAACAACCAGGCCCUGCUGCAGAUGGCUGAGGAGAAAACACUGCGUGAUGGCCACUUCAAGGCCCUGCAGGGGAAGCUGGAGCUGCUGGAGCGGCUGUGCAGAGCUCUGCAGAAGGAGAGGAACGACCUCAACAACCGACUCAGCCUCCUGCAGGAGCAGGAAGACAAAGGGACCACAGCUCCUCCUGAGGCUGAACAACAGGAGGAGGAGGAAGAGGAAGAGGAAGAGGAAGAAGAAGAAGGCAGCAGCUCAGCACAGGGCGACAGGCAGGAGGCAGAGGGCAUCCACCAAGCUCCAAGACCACCUGAAGUGGAUUCUUCUACCAACAAAACCACUACUGCUACGAUGAUGAUGACAAGCAGCCAGAUGACCACACAGCAGGACUGAGUGUGUGUGUGUGUGUGUGUAUGUGUGUGUGUGUGUGUGUGUGUGUGUGUGUGUGUGUGUGUGUGUGUGUGUGUGUGUGUGUGUGUGUGUGUGUGUGUGUUUGUGUGUUUGUGUGUGUGUGAUGAAAAUAUGACUAUCAAAGGUCCUGAAGUCUGCCCACGUUUUGAUUGGUUUUAAUGAUUGGCUUUGUGACGAGCACUUCGUACUCCCUUUUCUACCACAACUGUAUUUUCAUAGGAAAUGUCCAAGCAGUUCAAAGUCAGAUUGCCCAUUUAUUUCUCUCUUUUCAAGAACCCUCCCUGUAGUUUCACUCAUCAUCAUGGGAGUGUAUCACAUGCAUCUUCUCAUCAGUUAAUUUGUGUUAAUGAAGCCUCAGUCACAACGUGAUGUGAGAGCUGAGGAGCUGCAACAGGAAGUAGGACGUAGUUUAGGCUACAGUAUCUCUACAGAAUCUGUGUUGGUCAGUGGAUAUUCAAUUGAUCAUAAAUUUUAACAUCGAUAUGUUUUUAUUUAAUUUGAGUCGAAGCAAAAUGAUUCCUAAAACAGGUGAUGCUGGUUAGAAGGUGCAGAACAAGUGAAAACCUUCCACUCUGUUUCUCAGAUGCUUCAGUGCACUGCUCACUGCACUCCUCUAGUCAUCUAUCUGGUUUUGGAAAAAUCCCAGCAUCACGCAAACUUAAGAAAUUGAUCCAUAAAAUGAAAGAUUUGUUAUUUUAUGGGUUGCUGACGACUAACAUGAUGAUACUCAGUGAAUGUAAAGUGCUAAAUGUGUCGCUUGAUUUAAAUCUUCAGUUCAGCAUUUUCUUUUUUUGAUUUUCACAACACGGUCGACAGACAGGAGCCUUUGUCCACUCACUAAUGAUUUCAUGUAAAUUAUGACAAUUUAUUACAUCAGAGGAACAGGCCUCAUCCUUUUUGAAACUUUACACUGGAAGAAAAGUGUGAAUUUCUUUUCUAAUGCAUUUGAAUAAAAAGAUGUUGAUUUCCAGCAGUGAUGCAAAUUAAUAGGAGCUCUUUCAGGAGCUGCUGUUCUGGUUCAUGAGUAGAAUCCUGAUGUGGUGACUGUAGGAAGUCUGUCAAGAUGGGGGUCAUAUCAGAUUCUGGAUCUUGCUUUAUACUGUGGGAUUGUGUCUCUGCUUUGUGUUUGAUGCAUAGCUCACACUCUUACAUCCUCUCUGCUCAUGUUCGUCUUUGAUUUUAUUGGGACCACAUUGUCAAAUCAAACCUCACCCGCUCCAUUACACAGGUCACUUAUAGUUCCAAUAUCCUGAACAUAGCACCUGAUUCCAUGGUGGUCUGCUCACACCUUGAUUGGCUGGGUAUAAAACACUGGAGUGAGCCGAGAUCAGCAUUUUUUAUAACUCUGUUUUCCAUUUGCUUUGAGAUCAUGUGUUGGCUAAGAGCUUUGUUUAACCUGUUCUAGAGUCAUCUCUCUGUCCUGUCUGAACACACUAUAUUGUAGCAUCAAUGAGCGUUAAAGGGGUAGUGACAAAUAACUUUCCUUAAACAUGUACAUAGACCUUCCCCUGACCUUUCUAAUGUCCUGCUCCUUCUGUGUUUAUCUCCACAUGACAAGGACUUAAAAACAAACAGGUAGAGGGUCAGGCAGAGAACAGUUCCUGUCACACUCUGAGAUGGGCAAAUGCUUUUCAGCGUCUCUUAACUGUU